AUGCCUCCAAAAUCAAACGCAACGAAGAAGGAACGACUUACUUUGGCUCAAUUAUGGUCAUACGAUGAUAUAUUGACAGAUGCGCUUGUUGACCAGGUUUACUAUUGGACCAAUAUUCGCAAAAAUCGCAUCGCAUACCAUUCAUCUCGUGGAAUUAGAGAGGAAGAUGUGACCAAAAUUCUUCAAAAUUCAGUCAUCAUUGAGAAGAACACUGCAAAAGCAGAAGCAGAACUUUUAGCUCUUCCAGGUCUCAAGAAAUUUCAACAAAGUCUCAAUUCGGAAAAAGAAAAGGAGGACUUCAGGCGUCAUCUCAAAAAGUACAUCAAUAUUUAUCUACCAGAUUGUCCAUUCGAAGUUUCGAGCACGAAUCGUUAUACUGUUGUUACACAUGAAGCGGCAGUUGUUGCGCGGAGGGAAAUUAGGAAAGGUGAGGUAGUCAAAUAUCUUUCCGGAAUUCAAGUUGUUAUGACACCUGAGGAGGAAGAACAUAUUAAUCUCCUGCGCAGAGACUUUAGCAUUGUUAUGUCAAGUCGCAACAAAUCUGCAUCACUAUUUCUCGGACCAGCCCGAUUCGCAAAUCACGAUUGUGGCGCAAAUGCUCGUUUGAUGACAAGUGGAACUGCCGGAAUGGAAAUUAUUGCAGUCAGGGAUAUUGAGAUUGGGGAGGAGAUCACGGUCACCUACGGCGAGAGUUAUUUUGGCGAGGAUAAUUGCGAAUGUCUAUGUAAGACUUGUGAGGAUAACCGCGAAAAUGGAUGGGCCCAAGACGAUGAUAAUAAUGAGUCUAUUCCCAAAUUAUCAAUUGAACAGGAACCAUUACCCCCAGAGGUACCAGGAUAUAGUCUUCGGCGUAGACGACGACUCACUUCUACGGUAUCCGAAUCGCGUUCCGAAUCGAUGACACCUGAUGUCAACUUACGACCACAAGUACGGAAAAUGCCACCAAAGUCAGGUAGAUCAGCUUCGUCAGCUCAGAAUCGACGCUCUCCUGCUCUGGGAUCUCCACCUUUAGCCUCAAAUCAGCCUGUAUCCAAAGUAGACCAAGUUGAUGAAGACAACCUACUAUCACCAACAGGAUCAUCGAAGCGAAGAAGAAUACCUAGCGAGGAAGAUUGUUCACCAAGUACUCCGAAAAGAAGACGACCAUCUCAAAAGAUUGAGCGUUCUCCAUUAGGAGUUCUAAAUGGAGUGAACGGAAGCGAGUUGCCUAGCUCCCCGGAAUCAGAUAUCCUACAACAAACCCUUCUAGUCGAAUGGGAUCAACCGGUAACUCCAGGGAUGCCUUCACCAAUAAUAGAUCCUGGAAGAUCCCGGCCAUUGAGAUCAAGCACACUCAAGCGAAAGAGAGACUCUGAGGAACCAACGGUUUCGCCAUCCGACACGACAAAGCGAUUGAAGAGCCAGUUUUCUGUAAAAGUUGAAGAGUUCACACCUACAUCAUUUUAUGGAAACAAUGACCAUGCCAUCUUACCCAGUUCUGCUUCAGAAUCCAGGAGAGCAAGUUUCACAUCCUCUCCUUCAGGGGAGGGAACAGGAGAAACAGAUGCAACAUCAGUCGAUGAAGAAGAGACGAUCGUGGUGCUAAAUGAGAAACCUGUUUCCGUCGAUUCUAAACCUAGGCGACAGGGUUAUGUGAAAAGGGGAAAUCAUGGUGGUCGAAGAAGAGGACCGUUGUGGGAGAAGGAAAAGCGAGAAAGGGCAGGCCAAACAAAAGUCAUCACGCCAUCCGAAAUUCAGAAUGCGAAGAAGGCGCCAACAGAAGCUGUUCUCGUCAGUCCAAAUACCAGCAAAUCACAUCCAGCUUUACAGGACGAUGCGGAUUCGUCCGCACUUUCCGAUCUUGGAUCCGACAUGGAAAUAGACGACUCAACAAUGACGAUUUCGAAAAAACUUCCGCAGCCCAAAAUUCGACGACGCCGCAAAGGAGUAGUUGUACCAUCAACUAUUGAUAAGGAUCAUGCGCCAAAUGUACGAAUUCCUGGCGAUUAUGUGUUGACCCAUGCACUUCUCGCUGAGCCAGCAUCAGCAUGGAUCAAUUGCAAGAUCUGUGAAGAACCUUUCGUUCAAAAAGAUGCAUAUUUUACGAGAUCGUCUUGCCCGAGAUGCGAACGCCAUAGUAAGCUGUAUGGAUACAUGUGGCCAAAAACGGAUAAAGAGGGCAAACAUGAUGAGGAGGAAAGAGUUCUAGACCAUCGCACUGUUCAUCGCUUUAUCAAAUCUUCGGAAGAAAAAGACAUCAGGAGGAAGAGUGGGCGCGGAAGCACUGGGAGUAGAGAAGUUACGAAAGAAGCUAGUGUGGCUCCUGUGGCAUCUGUCAAGAGUAAUGGGGUAAAGAAAUCAUCCAAGGCAGGUGGUCUUUUGAGAGUGUAUGGGAGGAAGAACGAACGAACGAGAAGAGAUAGAUUCACUUUGUAA